AUGGACAGUUUUCCUUACGAGGACAACUUGUCCGACGGCUCCUCGUUUGAGGUGUUCGGUGACGAGAACAAGAGCUUUGCCCAUGUGACAGGUAUUGAUGUCUUGCGGCUUCACGAGUCUCUUAAGAAACGCAACAACCAGAAGCCUCCCUCUUGCACCAUCAACUUGAUAAACUUCGGUCAUCCUCAGUCGGCUAGUUUCGUUUCUGAUCUGAAAGGAGAUUCUUGCGAGCUCAUACCCAUCAAGACAAAGAGCUCGUCUGGGCGCCAGUCGGUACCUGGCGAGCAGGACGUGAGCAUGUUUGCUACCACAUCCCAGGAGGGAGACCACCGUUCUCUGUCGGCAAUGACCUCCUCAGUUGAUCCCAUUGAUAUCAAGUACUGUGACGACAACCUCUACAGCAGCCCACUCUCUGAAACAACCGCGAACCCUGGUGCAGAGAAAGCACAGAAUCGCGCUAUGGCGACGCCGGGCCCCAAGCCAGACUGCUUGGAUGGGAGCUCCAUUGCAAAGCGCAAAGAUCCUGUCAAGGCCCAGAAGUUCCGGAAGCUUGUUGAGCGCCUUGUCGUCAAUGAUGCCAUAAAGAGUGAGGAUGAUUCCGGUGCGAAUGGUACCGACGCUCAUUUUCAGCAAGUGGGCUUGGAUGUCACAGAGACGCUGAACAGUGGCGACCAUGCGAGCCCCUAUCUGGAUGUCGCAAACCACCCCCGUGGCACCAACGGAGUGUCUCAGCGUAAGGAUUCGUCGGCCAGCGAGCGCUCGAACAUGGAUUUUACCCCCAACCCCAGCCAUGGCGGCUCCGAGAUCACGGCCGGCUCCAGUGUUAGCAACUACAAUCUCAAGAAUGGUGACUUCUCGACGGAUUCAGUCAACGAUAGGGGAAACUGGCACUUAUCGAGCCACAGCAACGCCCAGGUGAAUAUGGACAAGCACACGUUGAAUAACUUCAAUCCCAACGCCAACAACUUCCAUCCCGCCCCGAAUAGUUUCAAUCCAAAUGCUGCUUCGUUCGCCCCUACCAGCGCCAUCCCAAUGUCAGAUGCAGCUGCACAAGCUGUGGAGCAGCAAAAGAAGCACCAGCUACAACUGGAGUUGCAGUAUCAGCAGCAACAGGCCCAAGUGCUGUCCCAGCUUGCGCACCUUACUCCCCAUCAGCAGCACGCAGCUACAAUCAACAUUGGCGUCAAUGACUGGCUCAAUCCUCACCGUCAUCAACAGCGCCGGCAGCCUCUCAGCAACAUCUUCCCCGAUACUGUGCCGCCUCAUACGGCGGUUCCCAUGCCAGAGGUUGGCCAAGAUCUGCUGAAUUCACUUGCUGCGCAGCACAUUGCCUUCCUGACCCAGCAGAACGCCAUAAUGGCAGCAACUCUUAGCCAUCAGAACGCCGCCGCGUCUUUUGGAGCUCAAAGCACUCUUGCUGGAAUCCCCCCUUUUGGUCUCACGGACCCUCCAGUUGCUCCAUUCAGUCACCAGCUACCCGGACCUCACGUGCCCUCCUUUACAGGCGCUGGUAGCAUGAACAAUGGAAUGUACACAGCCCCUCGCUUUCCGUCCCCGUUCCCCGGCGCGACAUUUGCUGCCCAUCACGGCCAAGCCAGCCAGCAGCAGCUCCAGACUCCCCGUCACUAUUAUGGAGCUCAUCCUAGUGGCUACGCCGGCGCCCCUAACCCGCCGUUGCCGACUGUGGGAAUGCAGCAAAAUAUGCACAAUGCACAACAUCCAGGAUACGUCCCGGUUCAGCAGCGUUCUCUCGUCUCCCUCGCUGGUGCACCGCCCCCAUCGCAGGCGCACGCCCUGAGCUUGCCCUUGGCCAACCAGCAUCUGCUUAAAUUUGACGCCGACGGUUCUCUCAUCGACGUCCCCAAACCACGCGACCACAGCGACCCCCAGCUACAAAUGGCGUAUGAGGCAGCGAUCGAGUGGAAGAAAGCCAACUUGCCUGGCUACGCGCAGUCGUGCCGGGAACGCCAGAACAACCGUAUCGCAAACAAGCUACAGGGUGGACGUCAGAACCAGGGCACCCACAGGAACAUGUACGCCUAGAAGGCCGACCACCAGCACACCCCCAAGAAAAACAGCGCAGAAAAUAAGAAAAGAAUAAACACAGCGGGGUGCGUCCAGGGUGACAGCGCAGCGGUAUUGGCGGC